AUGGCAGAGCUGCAGCUGGAGAUCGACCAGUCACAUCUUCCCCGAGUCCAAGAAGUGCGCCAGAACUUUGCUGUGCUGGAGGAUGGAGUCUUGGCACACAGUCUACAAGAGCAGGAGACCCUAGGUCACAACAGAAGUAAUCUCAGAGGACUUAACAAAACCAUUGAAAUCACCAACACAGUUGAACAGUUCUACAUGACAAACAUCCAAAAGAACCAGUUGGUGCAGAACGACAUCCGUGUGGCCAAGAGGCUUCAGGAUGAAGAGGAGGAGCAGAGGGAAGAGUACAGCGCCCUCCUUCGACAGACCUCCAGACAAAUGGAGGAGCAGGACUUUGAAUACGCCCGUCUGAUCCAGGAGCAGAUCCAGAGGAGGGCGGAGGAGGCGCGGCGGAGAGAGAUGGACGACCAGGAGUUGGCCAAGCGAAUACAGGAGGAGGAGGAGCAGAGGAUCCAGAGCAGAGAAGCCAGCAGCAGUGGCUCAGAGCCCCACUCCCCACACCAGCACCACUCUCCCGUCUCCACCAGGGGGCAGCGUUCUCCCUCUCACCACUCCACACAGUUCGACGGGCCCCCCAGAGGCCUUAGAACUAAUCCACGUUUACGGUCAAGUGAAGGACGAUCUUUUAGAGAUCCCAGAGACUGUCUGAGCGAAGAAUCAGAAGAGUCGGAUGUUUUCUUUGAGCACACCUCUGCCAGGUCCAAAACUCUGCCUCCUCAACGAGACAGGAACCAAAGGCGUCUUGUCUCACAUAGAAGCUUUCCUGAAUAUGACAAUGGCUAUGUAAGGGACUGCUCAGAAGAAGACUUUAGUGAAAGAAGUAGGAUGACUAUUAACAAUAUGCAAAGUGCUUAUAGAGCCAAUGGCGAAGGUAGAUGCCAGGAGAGGGAGUUGGCUGAGGUGAGGGAGAGACGAUGCAGACGCACUGAAUCAGUCAGGCUUCCAGAGAGACGGAGGCAAAGUUUUCGUGACGGCCCCGACAAGCACGUACGCUUCCGAGAGGACUCCGGCAGAGCGGACGGGCGCAGGGAGGUGUGGGAGAUGCUUGGGCAGGUGCUCCGAGAGAGGGGCGUCCCGGUGAGGCUGGGGGACAGCGGGGCGCCUCUUCAAAUAGGAGCAGCUCAAAGGAGAGAGCACAGAGGCAGCCGGCACACGCUGUACGGGAGCGAGGCGUCCUGCAGCGACAGCCAGCCGCAGCCGAGUCGGGCUUUUCAGAGGAACGUCACCGCCAGGCACAGUUUCCAUGGAGACGCUGUGUGCCAGAGGAGACGGAGGAGCUCCGUCAGAGAGGAAACGCAAAGCCACGAUCGGCCGAACGGGGGCGUGGCGAGCGGAGAGACGGGCGUGAGCAGGGAGAGGCCAGGGAGUAGACGGUGGAAGGAGCACAGGAAUGAGGAAUGCAAUGCAAACGACAGCAGCAGCAGCACACACGAGAGGCCGGCUCAUAGCGGCUCACAGAGGAGCUCAGACCAGUGGGAUAUAGGGCCACACCAGAGGGGGGCCCCCACCAGGAGCCAGAGCCUGAGGUCCAGACACACUCCCCCCACAGUGCGAGACAGGAGCCGUCUGGAACUGGGGGAACUACAGCAGGUUCUCCACGAUGAAGAAUUGGCCCGAAAAUUACAGGAAGAAGAAGAAAGGGUUUCGAGCAGGAACCCUGGGCCUUCAGCGCGGCCUCCUCUUCCUCACCCAGACACUGACUUCAGAGUCGCUCAGGUUGUACAAGACGAGGAAAUCGCCCGCUACAUCCAGAAACAGGAAAUCAAAUCCAAGCGGCGUUCUCGAGAGCUGGACGGUCCUGUGUCGUGGCGGGAACACAGAGCGAUGAUGAGUCAGCAUGACCGGAGGCUCCGAGAAAGACAGGUCCCUCGUGAAAGACUGGAUUCUGAGGGUCUGCCGUCCCCCUCUGAGGACUGCCCCCCCGAGGAUCAGCCCAGCAGCCCCGCCUCCACGCUGCCGCCUGGCUCGCAGAUCCGGAACAUCGCGGAGGAGCUGGACCCCACGUUUCAGCUGCGAGGCCCGGAGCCCCUCAGAGAAGCACAGACGGGUUCCCUCUGUGCCCCCCUCUGUGCCCCUCUCCCCGCCGCUCACUCGGGGCUUCUGGAAGAGCCCACCUUUGUCCCUCCCACCAAGAGACAAGGAGAGAAACCAGUGCGUCCCAAGGCCAAAGAGAAGAGGGAGAACUGCAAGCAACAAUAA